UACCGACAUGUAACGCCAACCAUGCACGUCACAGCCUCCUUCCUCUCGGAAGAAAUUCAAAAAAACAAUUACCAGUACCACCCCCUAUUGAAUUCCCUGAAUCUUUCCUUGUAGCCCUUAUCUCCUUAAAUUCGAAGCCUGAUCUUCUCAAUCUCUAAUAAUGGCGUCCAAUUCUCACAGUUGCAGUGAUUUCUACGGUGCUUCUCCUUACAGAUCGAGAGAAGGGCUUAGUACGAGGCCAACAGCUGGUUCUGAUGAAAUCCAAUUGCGGAUUGAUCCUAUGCAUGGGGACUUGGAUGAUGAGAUCACUAGUCUUCGGAAGCAAGUUAGGCAGCUCAGGAAUGUAGCUCAGGAGAUAGAGUCAGAAGCGAAGUUUCAGAAUGAUUUUAUCAGUCAACUGCAAAUGACCCUGAUUAAAGCUCAAGCUGGGGUGAAGAACAAUAUGAGGAAAUUAAACAGGAGUUUCAUCAGGGAGGGAUCCAACCAUGUUAUGCAUGUGGUUCUUUUUGCACUGCUGUGUUUUUUUCUGGUCUACUUGUGGUCAAAAUUUUCUCGAAGAUAA